AUGAGGAGCUACACUGUGGAAAGAGUACCUCCUCCAAGCCGCCCGUAUUUUGGACGAUUCCUAUUUUUCAGUUUCAUCGGCACUUUGGUGCUUUUCAAUGUUGUUUUGUUAUCUUACUUGGUUGAGGUCAAGAGCAACGCCAGCAUGUCAACAGCGUCGAUAACCCAUAAGGGCCCGAAUCAUACAGACCCAAAGCUUGUGAAAUGUUUGGAAGAAUACACUCGAAAGCUAGAUCUACUGAAGUGUGGCGUCAAUGAGGAUGUUCAACUCUUUGAAACGCUAGAGCUGAUCCAUGAAACUUAUAGCGAGGCCCUCAAAAUUGUCCCCUUGAAAUGGUAUCAUGCCCAACUGGGCCUUGAGUCCCCUAGCAACUGCCAGAAGUUCAUUCUUCCUGAGCUUGAUGACUUCACUGAGCUUGUGAAGACUGUAAUACGGGAGUUCUCUUCGGCUCAGCACGCCGUGGACAACUUGGAGUUUAUUGAAGCAUCAAAGAAGCCCGAUUCCUUCCAUUCUGUUCGCUCGGUGGUGGCUGCAAAGUGCAAAAUCUGGGGUAUGGUGAGCCACACAAAUGACCUUGUCAAACGCUUUGAAACUCUGGUUCGCAUGAAUGACAUUGAAAUUGCCACUUCUACGCUUUGGCAAAUUCUCGAGGCACUGACCUUCACAAGAUUCACUGCAUUAUUGGGAAAGCCCAACCUUGAGGUAUAG